AUGGUGAUCCUGAGGCUAACGAUAGGUAACAUCGAAUUAUUUGUGAUUCAAGUUCAUGCUCCAACUUCGGACAGCGCAGAAGAGGAAGUCGAUCUGUUCUACGACAUGUUGGAUAAUCUAUUGAGCUCAAAAACAACAGGAGAGAAAGUAAUUAUAUUCGGAGACUUUAAUGCAAGAAUAGGAAAAAGCAGGCUUGGAGAGAACAGAACAAACGGAAUCUACGGAGUUGGAGUUAGAAAUGAGAGGGGAGAAAAACUGUUAGAUUUCGCACUCUGCAAUAAUCUGAAGAUAAUGAACACGUUCUUUGAAGGUCAGUUAGUGGACAAAUGGUCAUGGAAGUCUCCACUAGAUGCUGUACAUGAAAUAGAUUUCUUUAUAGUAGAAAAAUCUAAUAAUUUGAUAAAAAAGCUAGAGGUGCAAAAAAGGCUUGACUUCGAUACUGACCAUAGAUUAUUGAUGGGAAAAUUAAUAAUGCCAGAGAGGAGAUAUUUUAUUAAGAAAAAGCAAAUAAGAACAACCGAUUUGAAUGAGCAAGAGUUUGUCAAGAAUCUGAAGAGAGAGAUGAGUAACAGAGACCUCUCAGAGAACUGUUCAGUUGAGGAAAUAUAUGAAGGAAUAGUAAAUUCGAUUUCGGAAGCAGCAAGAAGUCUAAACAGAGUUCGUCAGCAUGAUGCAAGAAGGAGCAAUAAAUUAUCUGAAGAGACAAAGCAGCUGAUCGAAGAGCGAGAAAGAUUGAAUAGAAUUUUGAACAAAUCAGAAGAAGAAAAGAGGAAACAUCAAGAUCUCAGAAAAGAAGCUCGGAAAAGAAUAAGGAAGGGAAUGAAGAAUUACGAGGAGAAUGUAAUUAGAACAAUAAUGGCCACUUCAGAGUCUACAAAAAGCAUCCAUAAACUAAUAAGCAGUGUUAAGAAGAGAUGGAUACCAAAGUUGGACACAGAAGAUGGAACAUCAACAAUGGAAAGAGGGAGGAUAUUAGAACAAGUUACAUUGUUCUAUGAGAAGCUCUAUGAAGAAGGAAAUGGAAUGGAUCAUCAGACAGAAAGAAGGAACACUAGAGAAGAGGAGCCAGAACUUCGAGUGUCAGAUAUAUUGGAGCAGGAAAUAAAACAAGCCAUCAAGCAACUGAAAAAGAACAAGGCGCCUGGAGAUGAUGACAUUACAAACGAAGUGAUAAUCUCCAGAUUUCCACAAAGCCUUAAGCACUGCGAAAUUUGGAAUGCGCUGGAGGAGUCGGGUGUUGAAGUGGAAAACAUUGAAGUAUUGAAAAGCUUGUAUGAGGAUAAUGAAAUGUACAUCAAGUUGGAGCGAAGAGGAAGGAGUAUUAGACUGAGGAAAGGACUCAAGCAAGGAUGUCCAUUGUCACCAAUCAUCUUCAAUUGCUGCUUGGACUAUGCUUUUCGCCGUUUAAGUUGGGAGAGCGAAGGCUUGUGCAUAAAUGGCUAUCAACUGACCAACUUAAGAUUUGCAGAUGAUGUGAUGUUAGUGGCAAAAAGUGCAGAAGAGAUUAAAGAAAUGUUUGAUGAACUUAUAGAAGCCAGCAAGAAAAUUGGUCUGUGUCUAAAUGCAGGCAAAACAAGAGUAUUGACGAAUUCAGACACGGAAAGAAUUGAUGUUACAGGUGGUAGAAUAGAAUAUGUCAAUGAGUAUGAGUACUUGGGCCAACUGCUUUCUUUUGAGAACCGAACGGGAAAGGACGUGAGUUUGAGGAUAAACAAGGGUUGGAAAAAAUAUUGGGCACUGAAGAAGAUAUUCAAGGGCGACUUUUCGAAUGAAUUGAAAGCCAAAUUGCUUCUGAAAUGUGUUUAUCCAGCUAUAUUAUAUGGUGCUCAGAAUUGGUCCCUGACGGCUCAAUCAGACAAGAGAUUAGAGACAACGCAGACGAAGAUGAUAAGGAGUAUUUUGGGACUGCAACUGCAUCAUAGAAGACGAAACACAGACUUACUGAAACAGGUGAAGGUGAAAUACCUACAAAAAGAAGCUCACCUGAUAAAAUGGAGAUGGGCCGGCCAUGUGGCAAGGAUGACAGCAGAGCGAUGGGUGGAAAUAUGCAUGGAGUGGAUACCACGAGAUCGGGCCAGAGGGAGAGGACAUCCAGCGUGCCAAUGGAGAGACGAGCUCACCCAAAGAGUUGGAGAUAUGUGGCCGACAAUAGCCAGGGACAGAAAGAGAUGGGAGAAAAUCAUCAAGAAAUUGUAA